UUCUAUUCAUCAAAUGCAGAAGUUGAUCGUUCUGCCAUACACUUCGCAACGUGCGCCGAUGAGUCGAGCUGCUAUAAACUAGAGAACGGGACCGUGAGCGAGCUUCAUUCAACGCGCGACUGCCGUCUGGAGCUGACGUAUUUCCUGUUUUAUUGCCGUUCGCAACUGAACGGAUAGGUUUCAAUCAUUCAGCCAUGGUUCACAAGGAUCAUUACAAAACCGUGAAUGACGAUGAAGAUGCUCCAUGGGUGAAAGAGCCCACGAUAAAGAUCGUUAACGGUGACCGCAAUGCACUCGAUCCUGUCAUCGUGAAACGUGACGAAAAUAUCGAGCGCGGCAAUUGGUCCAACAAAUUGGAAUUCAUCCUCUCCUGUUUUUCGUACGCUGUCGGUCUAGGCACUAUAUGGCGGUUUCCUUAUCUCUGUUAUCGCAAUGGCGGUGGAGCCUUCCUAAUUCCAUAUGCCAUCAUGUACGUUUUUGCUGGAUUACCUCUCUUCUUUUUUGAACUUUCGUUCGGGCAAUACGCCAGUGAAGGGCCCGUUAGCAUAUGGAAAGUAGCUCCGUUUUUCCAAGGAAUUGGAUAUGCAAUGUUUGUAAUAUCUUUCUUGAUUGGUAUCUACUACAACAUGGUGGUCGCCUGGUCUUUCCGUUAUUUGUUUGCUUCCAUGACGUCUGUUCUUCCAUGGACAUCUUGUGACAAUGUUUGGAAUACCAAAAAUUGUCGAGAUUUUGAUAUUAAAAACUGUACCUUGCUGGAAGGAUUGGUGGAUUCUAGUAGAACAUGUCACAUCAAAUCUGAAGUUAGUGAUUCUUUCUGGAAAGAACUGGAAUUAAUGAAUACCAACAGCAGACUUCCCGCAGAUGAAUACUUCCAUAAACGUGUCCUAGACAUCAGCACGGGCAUCCACGAUUUAGGUCCAAUUAACUGGGAACUAGCACUCUGUCUGCUUCUUGCCUGGGUGUGUGUCUUCUUCGUGCUCCUACGAGGAAUCAAAAGCUUCGGCAAAGCAGUUUAUUUUACUGCUCUGUUCCCCUACUUGAUCCUGACCAUUCUGUUGAUUCGCUCUGCCACACUGCCAGGAUUCGUAGAUGGUAUCAUGUUUUACCUGACACCCCAGUGGAGUAAACUGACCGAGGCCAGUGUCUGGGGAGAUGCAGCCAUGCAAAUAUUCUUUUCUCUGUCGCCCUGUUGGGGAGGAUUGAUUACACUCGCAAGCUACAACCGUUUUCAUAACAACUGUUUCAGGGAUGCCGUAAUUGUGGCAACUGGUAACGUCUUCACAGCGUUCUUUGCCGGCUUUGUAAUCUUUGGUAUCAUUGGUUUCAUGGCAUUUGAGCUUGGCACCACCGUAGAUAAAGUUGCCACCCAAGGAGCUGGACUUGCAUUUGCCGUCUAUCCCGAAGCCGUAGCUCGAUUACCCAUCGCUCCGUUAUGGUCAAUCCUGUUUUUCGUCAUGUUACUUACACUUGGGCUCGGAACGCAAUUUACCGUUUUGGAGACGGUUGUUACAACAAUCGUUGACUUAUGGCCACACAAGCUACGCGGAAAGAAUCACAAGUGGGUACUGCUAGCCAGUGCAACUGUCAUGUUUCUACUUGGGCUUAUAAUGUGCACAAAUGGAGGCAUGUACGUCUUACAGUUGAUCGAUACAUAUGCAGCUACGUUUUCCGCCCUGAUCGUCGGAAUGGCUGAAGUGUGCGUCAUCGCAUGGCAUUAUGGUAUCGAUCGAUUCCUUGACGACAUCAAACUAAUGCUCGGGCAUGACGCACCACCACGCUGGUAUUGGCGAUUCGUUUGGAAAUUUUUCACGCCCGUCAUCAUCGUCGCCAUUUUGGUGUUCACUUUGGUGGACUUCCGAACACUUACGUACGGCGAUUACACUUAUCCUUUGGAGGCGACUAUCGUAGGAUUUCUCAUUGCGUUGUCUUCUGUGGCCAUGGUUCCAAUUGUGGCAGUCUACAAGGUUUUCCAAUUGGAUGGGCCCAUUCUAGAGCGUAUUCGAGUUCUUCUGCAACCAAGCAGUGAUUGGGGCCCAGCUUUACAAAUUCAUCGUAUCGAGGCUGGAGCUCCGACUCACACCGAUUCACAAGUGCCACUGGCUUUACCCAACCACAGAUUUGAAGAGUUAGAAUUGGAGUUGGCUACGGUUUUGGAACGCGACUCGGAAAGUGAUAAUUGGAUUAAUAUGAAAUGUACGGGACCUAAUUAAAGUGACCAUCCAUCUGUCAACACCCCAGCAAACCCGCAUCUAUAACAGCUUAGGUUAAUUAUAGGUUUCUUGUUAAAUUUCACCGCGUGAAAAAGGAUUGCAUCCACGAGUCACACAAUCUCAAUUAUAUGUAUAGCCUCUCUCCUUUUAUUCUAUAACCUGAUUGUAAAUUUAUUUGAAAUUCAAUUUAUUCUUCUACUAUGUCUGAUCGCCAGGCGAUACUUCAUAGAACCCUGACGAUAAUGCAUGACGUGAUACCUAGGCUUACUGAGGCAUGCUUUCUUGAAAUUCAGCAUGGCGUUGUAAGGGGUAAGAAUACGUUUUGAAUGUGCGUUUAGUGCACUUUACCUUGAAUCAAGGUAUCGCAUGGCGUGACGUUUUUUAAAUGUUUGUCACUUGCAGAUUCAAUGAUAAAUAUCUCGGCGAAUACAUGUCUAAAACUCGUAA